GCUAGAAAUACUCCCCAUGACCACAGCUAGGUUGGCGGCGGGAUGGAUGGAGUGACGGAGCUGCCUGAGCCAUGAAAGCAGGAGCCGACAUGAAGAUUGCUGGGAAGGCUGUGUGUGUUUUUGUGCUGCUCACCAUCACCAAGGUCACGAGAACAGUAGGGAACAACAGAGUGUCAGCGACAGUAGGGAACAGCUCUGUGCUCGCCUGCCCUCCCAAAUCAAACAUAACUAUGAUAACAUGGAAAAUAAGCCCCAGGGUUGGAGGCCCCUGCACCUUGGGAUACAGGGCUGAUCAGAACAAGACAGACAGAACAAACUGCAGUGACAGCAUGAACUGGAAAUUCAGACCAGAUCGGAAUCCUACCCUUGAGAUACAGCAAGUGGGAAUAGCCCAUGAGGGAAAUUACACCUGCGAAGUAGUAGCAACAGAAGGGAAUUUCCACAAGACGUACCACCUGACCGUGCUGGUCCCCCCCCGGCUGACCCUGUACUGUGAUGACCACGGGAAUCCCGUGUGCGAGGCAGCGGCAGGGAAGCCGGCUGCUCAGAUCUCGUGGGUCCUAGAGAGCAACUCCACCCCCAAGGAAGAAGGCCAUGACAACGGGACGGUGACUGUUCUCAGCAAGUUCACAGCAUACAGCACCAACAUGACUAACACAACCUGCAUUGCGUCCCACCCAGCUGGGAACCAGAGCAAGUCCAUAGCCUGUCGUCCCUCAAAGAACAGCGGCUUUAUCCUGCAUGUCUCCACCAUUCUUUGUUUCCUGAGCAUUAUCACCUUCAUGGCUGUCAUUUACUAUUUUAAGCUCCACAGUAACAGACUGUGCCACAAAACCAAAUGUCCUGAAACUGCUCCUACACAUUCCCCACAGGAUGACACAAUGGAAGUGGAACCUUAUACUACUUAUGUGCAGAAGGAAAACGUAAUUUACAACUCAGUGUCUGAUCUGACAGCGGGGCAGAAUCUUCCACAAGGACUGUCACCAGCAACAUGAAUGAUUCAACAACACUGGAAAGGGAGAGAGUCUUUAUAAAAGACUGGUUAUAGAAAGAAACUUCUCAGAAGAUUUCUUCAGAUUUUGGGGCAACAUAGCUCACUAGGUCUGUUCAAACACCUGUGCUUGCUGAUAAGUCUGUAUAGUUCUUUUUUUCCCUGUUUUGCCUUCUUCCUUGGGAAAGGAAACAGGUUUCCUUGGGAACCUUCCUUCCUGUUAUUCCUUGGGAAAAUGUGACUGACCCCAUGACAUAGUUUCUCCUGGAAAAGCUGUUGUGAUCAGUUUUCCCAUUGCUGUUCCUGCCUUGGAGAUCCUAGUUUUGUCAGUCGCUUCUAGGCAUUACUUUGAUGCACUUGACACUAUGUUGCACACAUUUGGGAGACGGACGGAGUGUUAUGUCUGAACUAAAAUGAAACACUCUUCAAUCAACAGCCACUUUUUUCUAAUUCAUAAAUUACUAACAUAGUGGCCCGAGUACUCAUCAUCACAGAAUAGCUCAAAUGGCAGAAGAUAUUGGUAGGGAAGACCUUUAAUCCGCCAUUUCUGAAAACGGAAAUGAGUGAUGAAUUUAGAAGGUCAUCCACUAAGAGAGACUUCACUAGCAUGAUUAAUUUACUUGUUAGGCUCAUAUUCAGUAUUUCCACUAAAUGUGUUCAUUCUGUAUUUCAGAUUAUUGUUAUGAUUACUUUCCCAUAAGAUUCUCGGAAGAUAUGGUAUUCCUCUCUUUCUUAAGAAUAUUGGCAUUAAGAUACUGUAAAAGAAUUAUGUUACUCAAAUCUGGUAAGCUACUUUUAACACAAAUGAACAUCAAAUAUUUCACAAAACAAAACAAAUUCAAAUAGAUCUUCUAUAAUUGUGCAAUAACGUACAAAAAGGAUAAAAUGCUUGCUAAUUCUAGUCAUAUUUAUUUU